AUUGGCUAGAAUCGGCGCCCGUCAUUUGACCGCGCCCAAAAGUCCAUCCCUUCUCAUUUGCAUAUGAGUACCGGCUUCCGGUAGAAUUCUUCAGUUCAGAAGCAUGGCUGCCAUCGGAGUGCACUUUGGAUACACAUGUGCCUGUGCUGCCGUAUUCAAGGAUGGGCGAGCAGAUGUUGUGGCCAAUGAUGCAGGGGACAGAGUCACUCCAGCUGUGGUCGCAUACAGAGACACUGAACAGAUAGUGGGAAUCGCCGCUAAGCAGGGCCGAAUACGAAAUGCCGCCAAUACGGUUGUCAAAGUGAAGCAGAUCCUUGGCAGACGAUUUGAUGACCCAGAUGCUCAGGCACACAGAGAAGAAAGCAAAUGUGUUGUUGUCAACAAAAGUGACAUGCCCAGAUAUGAAAUCGACACGGGAGAGACAACCAAGUAUGUGUCACCUGAAGAUGUAGCCAAAUUGAUCUUCCAUAAAAUGAAAGAGACGGCCCAGUCAGCCUUGGGUUCAGAUGUGAAAGAUGCUGUCAUAACAGUGCCUUUUGAGUUUGGAGAGAUGCAGAAGAAUGCACUAAGGCAAGCUGCAGAAAGUGCCGGGUUUGAUGUGCUGAGGCUGAUACACGAACCCUCUGCUGCCCUUCUAGCUUAUGGCAUCGGACAGGACUCAACGUUGGGAAAAAGGUACAGAGUUUGUGCAUCGUGCGAGUUGAGCUUUUUCUUUAACCUCUUCGGAAGCCUCAUUCUCAUUCCUCUUUUCAACCACAGUCAUGUCCUGGUGUACAAACUCGGAGGCACGUCGCUCAGCGUCACCGUCCUGGAGGUGAACAGUGGAAUGUACCGUGUCCUCGCGACACAGACAGAUCACAAGACGGGAGGAGAGAGCUUCACACAUGAGCUCGCACAGCACCUCGCUGCUGAGUUCAAAAAGAGUUUUAAACAGGAUGUGACGGGUAACCCCAGGGCGAUGCUUAAGCUCAUGAAUAGUGCUGAUAUGGCCAAGCACACUCUCUCCACCCUGGGUAGUGCCAACUGCUUUGUGGACUCGCUCCAUGACGGCAUGGAUUUUGAGUGUAAUGUGUCCAGAGCCCGUUUUGAGCUGAUAUGUGCCAGCCUCUUUACUAAGAGCAUUCAGCCAAUUAAAAGUCUCCUCGAUCAAGUAAACCUGACUACCUCUGAUGUCAACAAGGUGGUUUUAUGCGGAGGAUCAGCUCGUAUCCCGAAGUUGCAACAGAUGAUCAGGGAUUUGUUCCCAGACGUGGAGCUACUGAACUCCAUCCCCCCGGACGAGGUGAUUCCGGUCGGUGCUGCCAUGCAGGCGGGCAUCCUGGUCGGAAAAGACAGCCUGGCACUUGGAGAAGAUUCCAUCACUGUAGACUGCUGUGCCAGCGACAUCACGGUUAAGGAAGUGGAUGACUCCGGAGCGGAUGUUUUCACAGUUUUGUUUCCAUCUGGCACACCUCUCCCUGCCCGCCGUCAGCACACGCUGCAGGGUCCUGGCAGUCUGUCGUCAGUGAGUCUGGAGCUGUACCAGGCACAGCAACCAAUCGCACAGAUUGUACUUAGAGACCUGGAACCUAAAGAGGAGCUGCAUGACAUUGUCACAGUGCUGACAAUGAAGAGAGACGGUUCACUGCACGUUACGUGCACAGAGCAGGGCAGCGGCAGAUCCGAGGCCAUUACCAUAGAAACAGCUGCUGCAGCGUCUUAACCUUCAAUCACACUGUCAACGUAAUUCCAUACAGUAACCUAAACACCUGCAUCUCAUGCCGUUUGAGGUUUUCCAGCGCUCUAGAUUCCUCCAGACAUUAACCGAACAAGAACUUGAACUUGUUUGCUUCAGUUCAAGGAAUAGCUCACCCAUAAAUAAUGACAGAAUUUUCCUGUUUGGGUGAGCUAUCCUUUUAAAUGAAUAUCCAGUUUUAUUUGUAUACCUUUUUUUUUUACUCGCAGUCAUCUUGUUCAAGCCUGUUGUCUGUGACCAGCAGGUUUACUGUAGUUGUUCUUACCAUGUGCCUUUAUGUGCCUGCAUCACACCAUUAGAUUAGUCAUGAGUUGAUGUGACAGGCAAGAUUGGUGGAUUAAAAGAAGCCUGUGGAGUGUGCUGAUACCAUUUAAAGCAUGCACAACCUUAUUAGACUGAAGAAUUGCAGGUUGUAGAGACUGAGAUGCAGGUGGUGUUGUACAGGGAGGAGAUGUCUGUGUGUGACACACUGAUGCUAAUCUGGUGCAGUCACAGUGAGCAGGUGCAAAGUUAUCGUUUUAAAAGCUGUCAUCUGUAUCUAGCACACAAUAAAGAUCACUGAACACAAUAAA